AUGCACGUUUUCUUUCAUUUUGUAGAACUUUUCAUAUUCUCCUCAAAACUUCCUCAUUUAUCACAUAAUCUAUCUAUCAAUCUAUCUAUCUAUCUAUCUAUCUAUCUAUCUAUCUAUCUAUCUAUCUAUCUAUCUAUCUAUUUCAAUUUUUCAUAUUCUCUGUCUAUCCCUCACUCACUUUCUCUCUCUAUAGAUAUAUCAUUCUAUUCAUAUCUAUCUAUCUAUCUAUCUAUCUAUCUAUCUAUCUAUCUAUCUAUCUAUCUAAACAUUCGUCAAUCAAACUACAUCUUUCUAACCUUAACCUUUCAUUCCCUACCUCCAUCAAUCCAUUUCUAUCUAUCUAUCUAUCUAUCUAUCUAUCUAUCUAUCUAUCUAUCAGUUUGUCUAGUCCUCCAUCCAUCUAUCUAUCUAUCUAUCUAUCUAUCUAUCUAUCUAUCUAUCUAUCUAUCAGUUUGUCUAGUCCUCCAUCCAUCUAUCUAUCUAUCUAUCUAUCUAUCUAUCUAUCUAUCUAUCUAUCUAUCAGUUCCUCCAUCCAUCUAUCUAUCUAUCUAUCUAUCUACCUAUCUAUCUAUCUAUCUAUCUAUCUAUCUAUCUAUCUAUCUAUCUAUCUAUCAGUGUAAUCAUAGCUAUCUAUCGGUCUAUCUCCCUCUACUAAUCUUUCUCAACAUAUUUCUCAUUUUAAUCAUCUUAAUCAUUUCUAUCUAUCUAUCUAUCUAUCUAUCUAUCUAUCUAUCUAUCUAUCUAUCUAUCUAUCUAUCAGUGUAA